UGUGUUUUUUCACAUUUUUCCGAGUCAAUGUUAAGAAAUAAGAACCCUUUACCUGUUCUUUGUUUUCUCUGCAAUCUUGAAUUGAAAACUCUUCAUUUGGCUCAAUUAACAGAACCCCAUUACGCCAUUUCUUCUUCCUGGUGCUAAAGCUAGGAACUUUCUUCUGCUUCUGCUUCUGGGGGUGGUAAGAAAGAUAUUACUUUUCUGUUCUUUCUGCCCUUUCUUUCCUCUGUUGAGUUAUGCCGUUGAUUAUUCUGAUCUAUUUGUGAUUUGAUCCGAAUAAGAAGUUUCUUAGAGAUUGAAUUUGAUUGAUCUUUGGCUUUCAAGGGAGGGAAAGAUGUGGAAUUAGGGGAAUUAGGGUUUCAUUUCCCCCUUUUUCGUAUGCUUUUUUCCAAUCAAAAGAUUCUAUCUUUCUGUGCAUAUUUUGGUUCAAUUUGAGCUUGUUUGGUCAUUUGUGUCUGGUGUGUGUCAUCAUCACACCUUAGGUAGCUCUAAUUGCACAGAAAUUAUGGCUGACUUGUGAAAAUUGUUAGGAAGUUAGGGUUUCAGGCUUUCUAGGUCAGAGACUCUGUCAACCUUAAUUGGUUUUCAAAUUUUCCGUUUGAUAAUCCUUUGUAACUGAAAAUGUCAUCUUCCGGUGUUACCAUUCUUAGCCCUGUGCCAAGGGAGUCACUGUUUACUCCAAAUGGGUUCACUCCACUGCACUUGUCUAUGGACCAAGAGUCCAUAUUCAUAUACCUUUCCUUCUCGGGGUCUGUGACCCCGAUGCGCGUGCUGCCCUGCGAUACCAUCGAGUCGGUAAAACUCAAAAUCCAAAGGAAUGAAGGUCUUCCUUCACUGAAAAACAAGCAGAGAUUAGUUUGUGGCGGUCGAGAGCUUGCGCGGAGCAAUUCGCUCCUCAAGGACUAUGGGAUUACAGAAGGGAAUGUCUUGCAUUUGGUGAUCCGGCUCUCGGAUUUGCAGACCAUCAAUGUGAAAACUUCUUGUGGCAAGGAGUUCACUUUUCAGGUGGAAAGAUGCAGGGAUGUUGGGUAUGUCAAGCAAGAGAUUGCGAAGAGGGAGAAACAGCUCGCUGAUCCUGAACAGCAAGAAGUAGUGUGUAAUGGGGAGCCGCUUCAGGAUGAGAAGAUUAUAGAUGAGAUAUGCAGCAAACAUAAUGAUGCGAUGAUACAUCUUUUUGUUAGGUUGAAGUAUGCAGAAGUUAGUACAGGACUCGACGAGUUGUCUGUUGUUGCGACGGAGUUGAAUGAUGCAAAACAUUUCGACGCUGAUGAGGAUGGUUAUAGGAGGAAAUACGAUGCUGGUAAAGAAGAUGCAGGAAAGGAGCAUGAACCAAAUGAGAAAACUGUGCCAAGGACUCUUGGUACAAAUGAUCUUUUGGAGCCGAUCAUUGUUAACCCUAAAGUGGAGCUGGAUUCUGAGGUUUGGAAUAUGAUAAACUCUACAUAUGAUGGAUUAGAUCAUGGAAAUAGUCCAAUUAGAUCUGCAGAGGGCACAGGAGGAGCUUAUUUCAUGCUUGAUUCGACAGGGCACAAGUAUGUAUCUGUUUUUAAGCCUAUUGAUGAAGAGCCAAUGGCUGAGAAUAACCCUAGAGGUUUACCUUUGUCAUUAGAUGGUGAAGGCUUAAAGAAGGGUACUAGAGUUGGCCAAGGAGCGUUCAGGGAGGUUGCAGCUUACAUUUUGGACCAUCCGAUAACAGGGCACAGGUCGUUAUUUGGCGAUGCAAAGGGCUUCGCUGGGGUUCCGCCUACUGCUUUGGUUAAGUGCUUGCAUGAAGGAUUUAACCAUCCGGGUGACGUGACUACUAAGAUCGGCUCCUUGCAAAUGUUCAUUGAGAAUAAUGGAAGCUGUGAGGAUAUGGGCCCCGGUGCUUUCCCUGUGAAGGAAGUGCAUAAGAUUUCCGUGUUGGACAUGAGGCUGGCUAAUGUUGAUAGGCAUGCCGGGAAUAUUUUGAUCGGCAAGGAUGCUGAAAAUGGCCAAGCUGUUCUCAUUCCAAUUGAUCAUGGAUACUGCUUGCCCACAAGUUUUGAGGAUUGCACCUUUGAAUGGUUGUAUUGGCCGCAAGCUCGCCAGCCAUACUCGCCGGAGGUUAUUGACUAUAUAAACUCACUGGAUGCUGAAGAAGACAUUGCCCUUUUGAAGUUCCAUGGAUGGGAUCUUCCAGUUGAAUGCGCCCGUGUUCUUCGAAUCUCAACCAUGCUUCUGAAGAAAGGAGUUGAGAGAGGAAUGACCCCAUUUGCCAUUGGAAACUUGAUGUGUAGAGAAUCCUUGAACAAGGAAUCAGUGAUUGAAGGGAUUGUGCAAGAAGCACUGGAUUCUGUUCUUCCUGGCACAAGUGAAGCCACAUAUCUUGAAGCUGUUGCAUCCAUCAUGGACAAGCACCUUGAUGAGAUAUGCACUUCAAUUUCUUAACUAAAGUAGAAAUUCGGUAUAUUAAUUUCUAUGUACAUGUAUUCUCUAGUACAUACAUAACUAAUAGCUCCAAUGAUUGUUGUUUCAUUCUAUCAUAGUAGUUUCCAAUAUUUCACAAAUUUCUUUCAUCAA